UAUGACAUCUACUGCUCUACCAACAUCAGAUAUCACAAACAAUGGUCUAACUGCUGAGGAGGAGACAACUGAAUCGGGAACAACUGGGGGAAUCACCUCAGCUAUGACAACUACUGCUCUACCAACAUCAGAUAUCACCACCAAUGGUUUCUUUUCUUGCUCGGGAUCGAACAGGAACGUGUCAGUGACGUUGGUUUGCGAUGGAUAUUACGACUGUGACAAUUAUGAGGAUGAAUCAUUAUGUAAUUAUUCAGCAACAUAUCUUGAGGAAGGCGAAUCACAUUUCAUCUCCUUACCAUACACAAACACAAGACGAUUGUAUAACGCAACCUUACUACAAACAAAUGCUACAAAUGGAUUUCAGGUUGUGUUUCAAGAUUUGUAUCUCGAUUAUGGUGAUGAAACAGUCCAAAUAGGGACAGGUCACGAUCCGUCUGACAACCAGUCUGUUAUCACAACUAUCCAUGGAUAUAGAUACUACGGUCCUGAUGAUGUGUACGUAGAUAUCAAUAAGAUGUGGUUUGCUGUCAUAGGAGGGAGGCAAUACACUGAUCUUCAGAUUGAUGUUCGUGUUACUGCCAUUGAUUUGCUGAAUUUCUUUCCUUGUUCAGGAUCGAGCAUGGACGUGUCAGUGACGUUGGUUUGCGAUGGAUAUUACAACUGUGACAAUUAUGAGGAUGAAUCAUUAUGCAAUUAUUCAGCAACAUAUCUUGAGGAAGGUGAAUCACAUUUCAUCUCAUUACCAUGGACCUACACAACACGAUUGUAUAUCGCAACCAUUCUACUAACAAACGCUACAAAUGGAUUUCGAGUUGUGUUCCAAUAUCUGUAUCUCGAGUAUGAUGAUGAAGUCCGAAUAGGGACAGGUAAAGAUCCGUCUGACAUACAGUCUGGCAUCACAACUAUCCAUGAAUAUAGAGACUAUGCUCCUGAUGAUGUCUUUGUAGAUACCAAUGAGAUGUGGUUUGCUGCAAUAGGAGGGAGGCAAUACAGUGGUAUCCAGAUGGAUGUUGAGAUCCUUUCCAUUGACCUAUCAACCGUAUUUACUUGUUCAAGCUCCAACAUGAACGUGUCAUCGACUGUCCUUUGCGAUGGGCUUUACCACUGUGAUUAUUACGAGGAUGAAUUGGCAUGCAGUGCUUCAGCAACAUAUCUUCCGGAAGGCGAAUCACAUUUCAUUUCCUUGCCAUACACCUCCACACCACGAUUGUAUAAUGCUACCUUACUACAAACAAAUGCUACAAAUGGAUUUCAAGUUGUGUUCCAAUAUUUGUAUCUCGAUUAUGGGGAUGAAACAGUCCAAGUAGGGACAGGUCACGAUCCGUCUAACAUACAGUCUGUCAUCACAACUAUCCAUGGAUACAUCAGCGACACUCCUGAUAAUGUCUAUGUAGGUACUGAUGAGAUGUGGAUUGCUGUAAUAGGAGGGAGGCAAUACAGUGGAAUACAGAUGGAUGUUCGUGUUACUGCCAUUGAUUUGCUGAAUACUGACGAAUGCUCUGUGAAUCCAUCGACCUGUGAUUCUGAAAAUGGAAUGUGUAUGAACUCAGUCGGCUCUUACUUCUGUUCAUGUAACCCCGGAUAUGAAUUGAGCAAUGAUGGCAUUACUUGCAAUGAUAUUGAGGAAUGCUCUGUGAAUCCAUCGACCUGUGAUUCUGAAAAUGGAUUGUGUAUGAACUCAGUGGGUUCUUACAGCUGUUCAUGUAACCCUGGAUAUGAAUUAAGCAAUGAUGGCAUUACUUGCAAUGAUAUUGAGGAAUGCUUUGUGAAUCCAUCGGUCUGUGAUUCUGAAAAUGGAAUAUGUAUGAACUCAGCCGGCUCUUACAUCUGUUCAUGUAACCCUGGAUAUGAAUUAAGCAAUGAUGGCAUUAGUUGCAAUGGUAACACUGAUCCUUGCACCCAACCAAAUCUGUGUGUCAAUGGUGACUGCAGUCCUAUUGGACAAAGACAGUAUGAGUGUGAAUGCCAAGAUCAUUAUGAGGGGAUCUAUUGUGAUGAACCAACUCUUCCUUUGGAGGUUUCUGUCCACCCGUCAAGCCAGAUAGUCAACAUCAAUGCCAGAGUGGAGCUGACAUGCACUUUCAACAAUGUCAAGCGAUACCACUGGUACAAAGAUGAUGUCCUUUUGCCCAACAGUGUAAACCAGAAUCCUUUGAUAAUCGUGUCUGUCGCGCCCAGUAAUAUCGGGUAUUACUUCUGCCGAGGCUCAGGAAGAAAUGGAGAAACCUUAGACACGAUGCCAGCAUCUGUAUAUGUGAAAGAUCUGACCAAUAUAAAAGUUUUGAAUGCUAGAUUUGCCAUUUCAUUCCGCGAUGAGCUUUAUGACCAAACUUCUAAACUCUAUGGAGAAACGGCGUUCAACAUCAGCACCUUUGUGGAGCAAGGCCUCCGUACCAGUACUGGGUUGGAGGAUGUAUCAGUAGUAUGCAGAGCCCUAAGACCAGGAAGCGUCAAAGCUGACAUGAAUAUCUUCAUCGAGCCGACCAAUAUGACGGCACUGGAGACACAAAAUCUUAUCGGUCUUUCUCUUGAGAGUCUAGCCAAUGAAUCGAAUGGUUUUCUCGAUUCCAACACCAUUUCAGUUCAAAAUAACGCUAUUUGCCAGAAUAUCUCAUGGAUUUCUCCUCGGUUUGAAAGAGUCGAAUUUCCAGUGGGUGAAAAUGGAACAUGGGCCAAUUCAACAGGAAUGUGUCCUUUCAACACUACUCAAGCUAAUGAACCCAUUGGACGGGCUCUGUGUAUCGGCGAUGGUAUUACCCAGAGCCAAUGGCAACCUGUGGAUAAUUGCGGACCAUUUAGAAAUGUCACAGAUAUUCUCACUGAAAUUGCACAGGUAAUUGUAGAUGAAGAAAACGCAGGUGAGGUGAGCCAUCAAAUAUCAGCUGUUACUUCCAACAUCGAAGAUAUCACAUCAGAUGACAUCUCGUUUGUGGCGCAGAUAACAUCCAACAUUGUGCAGCUAAAUCUUACUGGUGAAGAGGUAACAGAGUCUAUAACAAGUAUUGUGAGCAAUAUAGCUCAGGUAGACACAGAGGAACUUGAAGCCGCAGAGGAAAAUGGUGGGGCAAUAAGUAAAUUUGUCCAGGCUUUUGAGGAACAAAUCAGUCGUGUUGAGGUUGCCGAUGGUGAGAUGCUCAACAUUCAGCAGCCAUAUGUAGCCGUACAGGUCCAGAGUGUACCUGCUGAGGACAUAAUGCGUGGUCUUGUGCUUUCGCUAGCUGGAUCCAGUCUUUCAGACCUGACCAAGUCCAAUAUUACCAUCAAUGCUCCGACCCAAGAUGACCGCGAUGAGAACAUUGCUACCAGACCAGACACUAUUGCUCAGGUCAACAUCCCACCUUCAGUUUCAUCCAUCAUUUCGUCCACGGCCCCACUCUCGGGAUCGCAGUCGAAUGGCAGUAGUGGAUACGUUCGGGUCAACUUCAAUGUAUUUUCAACUCCAGCCCUGUUCAUUUCUAAAUCAUUGCGCACAUUGAGUGCGGAUAAUGAAGGCUUCAAUCGAUCGGCUAACUCUCCCGUGAUUUCUCUCAGUAUUGGUCAAGGGAAUAUAGCAGCCUUGACCGAAUCCAUCAACUUUACCUUCACAACGAUAAUGCCUGGAUACAUGAAUCCCAAUUGUUCAUUCUGGGAUGAGGAGCAGGCAGAUUGGUCCCAAGAUGGGUGUGUUCUUGUUUCUGGAUUCACAUCAUCUGAUGAUGAGGAGAGCGUGCGCUGUGCGUGUGAUCAUCUUACCAACUUCGCUGUUAUAAUGGAUAUCCAUAGAAAGGAGAUCCCUCUUGACAAGGCAUACAACAUCCUGACUUAUAUUGGCUGCUGUAUUUCUAUCUUCAGUCUUCUUGUCACAUUGGCAACCUACCUGUGGAACAAGGAUUUGAGGACCAAACAGACUAGCCAGAUCUUCAUCUGUCUGUGCCUGACCUUGCUGUGUCUCUACACGACAUUUGCCAUCAUGAUCUCCCUGGAUUCUCGUGAGGUCCAAGCUGGACCCUGUGGGUUCCUGACGGCCCUAGUCCACUACUUCGUUUUGUCCUCCAUUGCAUGGAUGGGUGUGGAAGGGUACAACACUUACCUCAUCAUUGUGAAGAUCUUUAACACCUACAUCCAGAAGUUUAUGAUCAAGGCUUUCUUAGCUGCAUGGGGAAUUCCUGCACUUAUCGUGGUUCUUACUGGAGCUAUUGCUAGAGACUCAUACGCCCAUGAUGAUCUAUGCUUUCUACAAUUCUGGGCUCAAAUCGGUGGUCUCCUGAUUCCCAUGUCCAUCAUCCUCUUCAUCAACAUCGUCAUCUUCAUCCUGGUGGUUCAACAAUUGAUCCGGUCAGCCAACUUCGCUGGUCGGGUGAAAAAAGAGGCUAAGGCAGAACGUCGGGAGACUAUAGUACGCGUCCAGAACGCGAUCUGCAUCUUGCUCGUGCUCGGUUUGACCUGGGUCGCUGGAUAUCUUCUUUUGAUUCCAACAUUUAGUCAGGUGGCUCAACCAAUCUUCAUCAUCCUGAACUCCUUCCAAGGAUUUUUCAUCUUUCUACUCUACUGUGUCCGGAAGCCUCACAUCCGUAAGAAAUGGGGGCUUACUUGUUUCGACAAGUUCCUAAAGAAAGAAGCAACCACCUCCAGCGGUGGGGUAAGCGUGACGGCGCUAUCCUCGUCAGCUGGAAUGAAUAGCAAUUUGCGCCCAGGAGCCUCGGAUAAUUACUUUUUGCCUACCAAAGGCGACAAUCCCGAUCAUAUGUCUAUGUUUAAUCCGACCUAUGAUGAUAGUCAGGUUGAGGAAGGGGUCAUACCACCCAUGAACACAUAUAUCCAGAGUUCCACAGAGGAACAGAAGAAGGACACGGAUCGUGAUGCAACAAGCGCUGAUGUUGUGGCGGUAAGUCUCCAUCUUGAUGCAUCUGUCCCAAUAGCCACUGAGAGAAGUGACGGUGUUUCCUCCAACACGGAUGCUGACACGGUCAUUGUAAAUCUGGAUUCAACUGAUGCCAGGAAAGCUACCGAGGGUACCGAUGAUGUUACUUCCACCAACAAUGAUGCUGCCGUAAGUUCCCCUAAGGAUGCAGAGAAUGGCACCAAAUACAAUGAGUGGAGUAAUGAUGCUGCCGACAAUCUUCCACCGGAUUCAACAGAUAUCAACAAAGGAAAUUAGAGCAGUGACAUAGAUGCCAGUAGCACCACCGAUUUUGCCACUGCCAAUGGCACAGGUUGGUUUUGACUAUAGCGAUGUAUUCAUUCUAAUACUUGAGUUUAAAAAAAAUUGUAAACAGCUUUUGUAUUAAUUUAGUUUUAAGCAAGAAGAGGGUCUUAAAGAGAACCUGAUGUUAUAUUGGCAUACUAGGCAGGGUAUGGGUGGGCUAGGUGUCGGCUGAACCCCCAUCCCUUUUCCCAAGCAUUUGGUAUUUACAAUGUCUCUGCUAGCUGGAAUCGGACCAGUUCACUGGCUGAGAAUGCCAAUGCCUUAACCAAUAUACCACACAGAACCCUCCCAUUCCCCUUCCCCAAGGUUUUCGCAAUAACCAAUAGUCCGUCACCACAUAUUCAGGCAAACAGGUGGUUGUUAUCAUCUUUAUUAUAUUUCGAUGACGACAUAUAUGUACAAUACCGUGUCGAAACAUUCAUAAUCAGAUGAUUUUUUUUAAAGAUAUUACUUUGUGGUGUAUUACUCAGAGAAGAGGUAUUUUCAUUGUUAGAAAAAGUAUGUUGAUGAUGAUGGUACAAGGUUUUUUUUAAUACGUUUAAAUCACUUUUAGUCAUGAUAUGAUAUAUAUAUGUAUGCAUUUUGCGAAUGGAAAUUACUGGUAGAUAAGAAUGGUUGCGUAGCUUAAAUUGCUGUCCUCUUUUUAAAAUUAGUUUUCAAAGGUUGAAAAAAAAUUGUAUCCGCAGAGAAUCGAACCGGGUCAAUGGCUGAGAAUGCCAAUACCUUGACCACUAGACCACAAAGAACCCCCCAUACCCCUUCCCGUAUUUUGCAAUUACCAAUAGUCCAUCUCCACAUCAGGAAACAGGUUGUUGUUAUUUGUUAUCAUCUUUAUUACAUUUCAAUGAUGACAUUAUAUAUAUAUAUAUAUACAUAUGUAUGUACCGCAUAUGAAAGCAUUCAUGAUCAGAUGAAAUACUUUGUGGUGUUUUACUCAGAGAAGAGGUCUUUUUACUGUUGAAAAAAGUAUGAUGAUGAUGGUAUGAUGGGGUUUUUCAAUUCAGUUUAGUCACUUUUAGUGAUGACAUGAUAUAUAUGUAUAUUCAAUUAUUGCGAAUGGAAAUUAGAUAAUAUUGGUCACACAGCUUAUAAAUACAAGGUCCCGAUUGAUGUCCUCUUUUUAAAAAAAAUUUGCAAAGGUUGUAAUAAAUUGUCUCCGCCGGGAAUUGAACCAGGUCACUGGCUGAGAAAGCCAAUGCCUUAACCACUAACCACGAAGAAUCCGCCAUCUCCCUUCCCGAAGUAUUUUGCAAUUAUCACUAUUCCGUCACCACAUAUUCGGGCAACCAGGAGAAUGUUAUUUGUUAUCAUCUUCAUGAUAUUUAAAUGACAAAAUUAUAUCUGUACAAUUUAUAUGUAGCGUAUCGAAGUGUUCAUGAUCUGGAGAUUUUUUUUUAUAUGAUACUUUGUGGUGUAUUACUCAAACAGAAGGUCUUUCCAUUUUUGGCAAAAAGUAUAAUUAUG